AUGCCAUCCUCUCCACGCUCCUCGUCGUCGUGGUCGCCGCCGGCCGCCGCGCGCCUCGGCCGCGCCCGCUCGCCCAGCACCGGCGGCGGCGGCGGCCGCGCGCGCGCUUUGACCGUGGCUGAGAAGACAACGUCGUGGCUGCGCACGGCGGACGCGCUGAGAGACAUCACCGGGAGGUGCUCCAUCCCGCGCGGCUUCACCGCGCUCCUCGCCGGCGACCUCCCGGCGUGCGCGCCGCCGCCGCCGGGUGCGGCGUUCGUGUACGUCGCGGCGAUGGAGGAAGAAAGGCUGAUGCGGCUACCGCUGCAACCGUUCUUCGCCGCGGUGCUCGCCCACUUCGGGCUCGCGCCGAGCCAGCUCACGCCCAACGCGUGGCGCCUCCUCGCCGGCUUCGCCGCGCUCUGCCGCCGCGCCGGCGUGGCGCCGCCGCCGCCGCCGCCGCUGACCGUGUUCCGGCACUUCUUCACGGCGAUCGGGUGCCCGCCCGGGGCUUGGUACUCCUUCCGCGCCAGAGGCUCCGCCUCCACCGGCUCGCUCUUCACCCGCCUGAGCAACGUGACGAUGAACCCGUGGUGGAAGGAGCAGUUCAUCCUCGUCUCGUCGCCGGCGCCAUGGCCGUGCCCCGUGAGGUGGGGGAAGCCUCGCAAGCACGCCAACUUCCCUCCGGUGCUCACCACCGCUGAGAAGGACAUGGCGACCAAGCUACUUCUUGCUCGCGGUAGCUCGUUGAUUGAUCUCACAACGUACAACUCCAUCGCCGCUGCCAAGAACAUCAUCGCGCCGCCGCCGCCGCCGCGAACUCUCAAAUCCGAACGGGCGUACGCGUCUGUCAAUGCCAUGAUGAGGGAACCGCGGCCGCAUAAGGCACCCAUGGCGGCGGCCGCAGAGGAGGUGGAUGUGAAGAGCGAGCCUGAUUUGGACGGACCGGCGUGCGCACCGUCGUCAUCGAGGAAGAAGAAGAGGAAGAUGGUGGACGACGACGCCAUUGCAGUGGAGGGACCAUCCGGGCACGGCGGCGGCGGCGGCGGGUGGCCGGCGCUGUACCCGGCUUGCCUACCGCCACCGGGCUUCAAGAAGCUGGACGACGACGACGACGGACACGAGGGUGGCUGGAAGGCGGCGAGGCAGCUGCUGCAGGGCGCCGUCACGGCGCGACGGGAGCGCGCGUUCGCGGCGUCCAAGCCGGCCGACGUCGUCGCGGCGAGCUACGUGGCCAUGCUCCAGGCGGCGAACCACGUGGCGUUCUCGCUGGGCUACGCGCUGGAGCUGGAGGAGAAGGCGAGGGCGAGGGAGCGCGACGCCGGCGCGGCGGAGGCGGCCACGCCGCGGGAGGAGCUGGCCGAGGUGAAGGACGAGCUCGCCGAGAUGGAGACGGCGGUGGAGGCGAUGAGGGCCAAGCUCGCCAAGGCAAAGAGUGCGAUCGCGGCGGCGGCGGCGUCGGCGGCGCAGCCGGAGCCGGAGAGGAUCAAGUCCUCGUGGGGUCCAGGGGGAGCGCGCUCCGCUCGCCGGAGAGGGACGAACACGGCGUGGAGAGAAGAAGCAAGCAAUGAAAUGUAAGGCGGUGGAAGUGAAACUAUCUUUUGAAAUUUGGCACAAAGCAAUAGGUUCAAGGGAGCUCGAAAUUUCAAAAUUCUACGUAAACCUAGCAGUCU